AUGGGUAAAGGAAACUCAGUCAAUAAUUCAAAUAAUGGAGAACACUCUCUUUCGUCACUGCAUCGUUCAACAAACAAUAUAACAAGACGCAAAACAAAUACUCAAAGAAAACGUGCAACUAGCGAAAUACCAAAAAAUUUUGACACUACAGUAGUAUAUCAACCUCGCUUCGAACUUUCGGCACUUAUCUGUACGACAAAAAAGAAACCACGGUCAUCAAAUAAUCCCCCCCGGCCACCCAACAGUUUUUUUCUACUUAAGAAUGCUUUACUUUUAGAACUUUGGCAAGCAGAUAUAAAACCAACGAUGCCUCAGGUGUGUCGCUUAGCAAAGCAAGUUUGGCAUGACGCUCCCUCAGAAGUAAAAGCCCGUUACGAUAGCCUCUCAACAGAAGCACUUAAAUUACACCAGUCAGAGUUUCCUGGGUAUAAAUAUCAGCCUAGAAGAGCCGAAGUUUCGAAAAGCAAAUCAUUUCCGGUGGGCAACGGUCUAAAUGGGUUAGGGAUGAUGACGACUUUUAGCAUAAAUACUCCGGUUUCAACAGUAAAUAGAGAGCAUGAUAGAGAAGAAACAGGAAUAUCCGGAUCUGAUACUGAAAGUAGUAACAUUUCAGAUGUAUCAGUAUCACCUAAUCCAAAUCCAGCUUUAGAAUUUCCAUAUUUAACUACACCUGAAACUAUGUUGUUUCCUGAUCCAAUAAUCAAUCCACUAGAUAUUCAUCUACUAAAUAUUUUAACUAUUCCCACAAGUGAACCAAAUAUUUUUUCUGAUCUUUUAUAUUCACUCGAUUCAUACAUUCCUAAUCAAUUCGUGGGCUUAAAUAAUCAAGCUCCAUAUUUUUUUUCUUCAGACAUGUAA